GCCCGCUGCCGCUUCCGGGGGGAGGGCCGGGCCGGUAAGUUUGGCGGAGCGGGUGAGGAGCGUCGGCGACAUGUCCGGUAACGGGCUCAGCUACAGCGAGCAGGGGGGAGAGGCGGCGUCCGAGCUGACCCAGGAGGCGGCGUCCACCACGAGCCCUUCGACUCCCGCGGCCUUCGGGCUCUUCAGCAGCGACACUAAGAAAAAUGAAGACCUAAAACAAAUGUUGGAAAGCAGUAAAGAUUCUGCAAAGCUGGAUGCUAUGAAAAGAAUUGUUGGGAUGAUUGCAAAUGGAAAAAAUGCUUCUGAGCUGUUUCCUGCUGUUGUGAAGAAUGUUGCCAGUAAAAAUAUUGAGAUAAAAAAGCUUGUGUAUGUUUAUCUGAUGCGUUAUGCAGAGGAGCAGCAAGAUCUAGCAUUAUUGUCCAUCAGUACUUUCCAGCGUGCUUUAAAAGAUCCUAAUCAGUUAAUCCGUGCAAGUGCUUUAAGGGUUUUAUCCAGUAUCCGCGUCCCAAUUAUUGUUCCUAUUAUGAUGCUUGCUAUUAAGGAAGCCUCUUCUGAUUUAUCUCCUUAUGUGAGGAAGAAUGCAGCUCAUGCAAUCCAAAAGCUGUACAGUCUUGAUCCAGAGCAAAAGGAAAUGUUAAUUGAAGUGAUAGAAAAGCUUUUGAAGGACCGAAGUACGCUGGUAGCUGGGAGCGUUGUGAUGGCAUUUGAGGAAGUGUGUCCAGAUAGAAUUGAUCUGAUUCACAAGAACUACCGAAAGCUCUGUAACUUGUUGGUUGACGUGGAAGAGUGGGGUCAAGUUGUUAUAAUCCACAUGUUAACUCGAUAUGCACGUACGCAGUUUGCAAGCCCAUGGAAGGAUGAUGAGGUGGUUGAAGAAUAUAAUGAAAAUAAUUUCUAUGAAUCUGAUGAAGAAGAGAAAGAAAAGGAUCGGAAAAUGAAAAACACCUACACUAUGGACCCUGAUCACAGGCUGCUGUUACGAAAUACAAAGCCCUUGCUUCAAAGCCGGAAUGCUGCUGUGGUAAUGGCAGUUGCACAGCUUUACUGGCAUUUGGCACCAAAAUCUGAAGCUGGUAUUGUUUCUAAGUCAUUGGUGCGUUUACUCCGUAGUAACAGGGAGGUGCAGUAUAUUGUUCUGCAAAAUAUUGCCACUAUGUCAAUUCAGAGAAAGGGCAUGUUUGAACCUUAUCUGAAGAGUUUCUAUGUUAGAUCAACUGAUCCAACAAUGAUCAAAACACUGAAGCUUGAAAUCUUGACAAGUUUAGCAAAUGAAGCCAACAUAUCAACUCUGCUUCGAGAAUUUCAGACGUACGUGAAAAGCCAAGAUAAACAGUUUGCUGCAGCUACAAUUCAGGCUAUAGGCAGAUGCGCAACAAAUAUCACCGAAGUGACUGACACAUGCCUUAAUGGCCUCGUAUGUUUGCUGUCCAACAGGGAUGAAAUUGUAGUUGCUGAAAGUGUUGUUGUCAUUAAGAAACUGCUGCAAACCCAACCAGCGCACCAUGGUGAAAUUAUUAAGCAUAUGGCCAAACUCUUGGAUAACAUUACAGUGCCGGUAGCCAGAGCCAGCAUUCUCUGGCUCAUUGGGGAGUACUGUGAACGGGUUCCAAAGAUCGCACCGGAUGUUUUGAGAAAGACAGCCAAGAGCUUCACUAAUGAAGAUGACCUUGUAAAGUUGCAGGUCUUAAAUUUGGGCGCAAAACUCUAUUUAACAAACUCAAAGCAGACAAAAUUGCUUACCCAGUACGUAUUAAAUCUCGGCAAGUAUGAUCAAAGCUACGACAUCAGAGACCGUACAAGAUUUAUUAGGCAGCUUAUUGUUCCGAAUGAGAAGAGUGGAGCUUUAAGCAAAUAUGCCAAAAAAAUAUUUCUGGCACAGAAACCUGCCCCAUUGCUUGAGUCUCCUUUUAAAGAUCGGGAUCAUUUCCAGCUUGGCACCUUGUCUCACACGCUGAACAGCCGAGCCACUGGCUACCUGGAGCUGUCCGACUGGCCAGAGGUGGCGCCUGACCCCUCCGUCCGAAACGUUGACGUAGCCGAAUCGGCAAAGGAAUGGACUGGAAUCCUAGGUAAGACAAGGAAAGAGAAACCUACUGAAAAGUUCUACUCUGAAUCAGAGGAGGAGGAAGAUGAGUCUGCCAGUACCAGUGCAUCAGAGAGCAAGUCUGGCAGUGAAAGUGAGAAGGAAGAUAAGGAGGAAGACAGCAGUGAUGAGAGUAGUGGGAGUUCCCCUUCCAGUGAAGAACCAAGUGACAGUGAAUCAGGCAGCAAAGAAAGUACGGCAAAGAAAACAUCUAGAGCUACUGAUGAAAGUGAUUCAGAGGACAUUAAAAAGAAAGCAAAGGGGAUCUCCAAAAAGAGAAGCACAUCCAGUACCUCUGAUACAGAGUCCACGUCAUCUGAAGAAAGUUCUUCAGACUCCAAGUCAGAUUCAGACUCUAAAAGUGACUCUAAGCCUGGAAAAUCUAGAAGUGCUACCUCUAGUAAGAAAGAAGAAAAACCAGUCCAAGAUAGAAAAGCUCCAAGUAAACAAGAUGUGUUUCUCUUAGAUUUAGAUGAUUUCUGUCCUGUGACAACUCCUGUGGCAGUUCCUACAGCAGCUGUUUUGUCCCCAAGUUUAGCAGCAGACCUAGAGGGAUUAAGUCUGUCGAGUUCAUCAGUCAUUGAUGUCACUACCCAAGUCUCUGUGCCAACAAAAACACAUGAACUACUUCAUCGAAUGAGUGGAAAAGGAUUAGCAGCUCAUUAUCACUUCUCAAGACAGCCAGGCAUUUUUGGUGAUCAUAUGGUAUCUGUGCAAGUCACAAUAACAAAUACAACUGAUCAGAAGAUAGAGAAUAUUCACGUUGGGGAGAAGAAAUUACCUCCGGGCAUGAGGAUGCACGAGUUCAAUCCAAUAGGGUGCCUUGAGCCUGCAGAAUCCAUUACUGUUUCAAUGGGUAUUGACUUCUGUGAUUCUACUCAGACGGCCAGUUUCCAGUUAUGCACAAAGGAUGAUUAUUUCAAUGUUAAAAUCCAACCCCCUGUUGGAGAACUGCUUUUGCCUGUCACUAUGUCAGAGAAAGACUUUAAGAAGGAGCAAGGGAUGCUGACAGGAAUGAAUGAGACAUCUGCUACAAUAGCUGUUGCUCCACAGAACUCUACUAGUCUUGUAAUAACUGAGAGGGUAGUGAAGGCAGCAAACCUGGGUGUAGUCCCUUCUGGUCAAGAUAACAUACACAGGUUUGCAGCGAAGACUGUGCACAGUGGGUCACUGAUGCUAGUCACAGUGGAGCUGAAGGAGAGCUCUACAGCACAGCUCAUCAUAAACACCGAGAAAACCGUGAUUGGUUCUGUUCUGCUGCGGGAGCUGAAGCCUGUCCUGUCCCAGGGGUAACCUGCUUACAUCUGGACUUCAGAAUCUGGCACACAACAAAAGUGCCUGGCAUCCACUACUGCUGCCUUUCAUUUAUAAUAAUAGCCCUUCCAUCUGGCAGUGGGGGAAGAAUACACUCUUGACAUUCUUGUCUUCUGCUUUAGAAUGCUAGUGUGUAUCUAUCAUGUAUGCAAGUCCUUUCCUUUUCUGCUUGCUAACCAAAGAACAUAUAUUUUACUGUCAGUUAUCUGCGCUUCUAAAUGUAUUUCCCAUUUGUUCUACCCUAGUCCUUCCCUCUCUGCUCCCUUCCCCCGCUACCUUUCUUCCCCAUAGGUUUUCCCCACUGUAGUGGACAAAUACUAGAUAAUAAAGUUCGAGGGAAAUCACACUGCUUGAAAGCUGAGUUAAAAUGGCAGGUAGGUUCCAGCAACACCAACAACAACUGCGUGGUACAGAGAGGUUUUGUUGCAUAAGUGUUAAAAUACAAUAAGUACAGCAAAAUGGUGUUUGCUUUCUGGAAAUGCUUGUAAACCUGAACUCGUCUAUUAAGAACAAUGUUCCUACCUACUGCCAUUUUCUAAAAUAUUUCUGUUAAGAUGCCAAUAAAGUAGUGCUUUAUUGCAGAGCAGAGGCUCCCUCUUUCUUGAUUUGUUAGAGAACUGAUAACAACAAUUGCCAGUAUUGUAUAUAACUGGGUAAUUAAAGUAAAUACUAACAAGGCAUCAGCAAACUGUUCUUGU